AUGUCGGUUAGAGAAAAGCGAGAACUUCCUGGAAUCGACCAAAUCAAGGGUGAAAUUGAGCUGUUGCUGCAAAAGAACAAACAAGGCCUAGAAUGUGAGUACCUUGACAUAUCGAAGAGGGCCAUGAUACUCAAGAAGCUCCUGGGAUUUAUCAAGAACAAGGCUGAUGUGGAUGAGACCAACCGAAGGGUUGAAGAGAGACUGAAGAAGCGGGGUCGAAAGGAGACGCGGGGUGAUGAUGAGGAUGCCUGGGACUCAUCUUCAGACUCUACAUCAUCUAGCUCAGAGGAAAACGAAUUGAGGAGUGACGGGCAUGUUGAGACACCUCCGGUUCAGGGCAAACCGGAUGUGGUGGAAACCCCAUUGGAAGCCGCCCCACCUGCCAAUGAGCUGAGGGAGAAAAAGAACAUGGAGUCUACGGCAAAGUUGGCACCAGCCAAGGAAGUGGGAGGACGUGCAUGUUUGGACAAUGCAGAAACCCAGCCACUGCACGAUAUCAGCACAGCACCCGUGCCAUCGCCAGAGAGUGAAGCUGUUACAGCAUCCCCAGAUUUGUCUUCAUCUCAAAGACGUGCACACUAUCAGAACAUCAAAGGAAUGGGUGAGGAGACCGUUGAAUAUGGGGCCAGUGGUACCACAUCCAGCGCAAUGACAGGAAAAGCUGAGUCCGAGAAGAAGGUAAACACCUCGAAGCCUGGCAUGGAGAAGGAGAAUUUCACGGAUGCUGAGGAUGAGGCUGGUGACGACUAUGUUGGACGACAGGAUCAACUCAAUCGCCGAGCCAGCAAGGCCAGUUAUGAAGAGUUUUGGACUGAGGAGAUGUGGGAGGAAUGGAACAAGUGGAAAGGAGGAGACCAGUGGAAUGAGGAAUGGAACGACGACGACUGGGGGGUGGACUGGGGACAGCCAGGGCAAGCUUUUGAUAGGUAUGCCGUUCUAGAUGGACAGGUUUCCCUCAGCAAGAUGAAGGAAGGCAAUUCUGAGCAGGCUUCAACCCAGGCAAACAAGAAGAAACAUGGCAAUGACUCGAAGAAGAUUUCAGAAAAGGCUGCAAAAAAAAGCAAACCUACUCCCGAAACCGAAGCCAAUGAUGACAGUGGUGACACAGCUGAUGAUGAUGAUGAUGAGGUACCCCCCAUUGAUGAAAAGCAGCAAGUCAAUGACCUUGCAAAGUACCUGAGAGAAUGCACUCCCAAAGAGAAAAACAUCAAAGGAGAUGGACAGCUCACGGAAGACAUGAAAGUGAACUAUAUCGAAAUGGUUGCCCAAAAGCCCAGGGAUGCAAAGGGUUGUCUUAGUGAGAACUCUGACAUUCUGAGUAUGAAGGAGGCGUUGAAGAUUUCAGCGAUCAAGGUCAGCAAAGAUGAGAGGCCGCCACCGCAGGAACCUGUGGCAAGUGAAUUUGUGGCGUGCAUUCUGCUCAUUCUGUGGACCUUCGAUAUCCAAGAGGAAUAUGAGUACUAUGAGUUCUUCGCUGGGGUGGGGAACCUCACCCGCCAGGCAAAGGCAUGUGGAUACCGUGCCCUAAGAUUUGAUAUUCUCGACAACAAGAAGCCUCGCCCGGGGAGAAAGUCCAAUUACAUGGAUUUAACUAGCACCUCAGGUUUCGCGUUGGCAGUUGUGUGUCUGUUGCGGGCACGUUUGGGAGACUUCUCGGCCCACUUUGCACUCAAAUGCAGCUCCCUAUGCACUAUGAAUGUUGGCACAUCGAAGAGAUCUCCAUGCUGCAGUGUUGGAUUCCCAGAGUACCCAUCUGUCUUCAUGAGCAACAAGUUGACUGAAAGGACCUGCGCUCUCAUCAUUUUAGCGACAGUGCUAAGAGGAGCGUGGACGUUGGAGCAGCCGAAUGGGAGUGUUUUGGAGUUCUAUCCAACUUGGAGAACCGUGCUGAGGAAUAUAUUUUCUGUUGGAGGCACUGGGGCUGUAACCAAAGUGAAAUGGUGGAUGCGACACUAUUCUGCACCUACACCAAAGCGUCACUAUGGGUAUGCAAAUACGCCCGAGGUCUUGAGACUGGACAAGGGUAAGCUGAAGAAGGAUCAGAAACAACAUGAUGGCAACAAGGUUAAAACAGCUGAUGUUUACAUGGAUCGUCAGGGGAAGAAGCGCUACAAGGGUAACAAAAACCUUCGUCCCACAGAGAUCUACCCUAUGCCAUUUGCAAGACACCUCGUCGAUAUGCUCGAGGAUAUGAAGUCGACAUGUCGAGGUGCUCCAGUAGUACCUGAACAGGUGCCGGAUGCCCUGGUCACUUUCACUCAAUGGCCCCAGGUCUGCCAAACUGACUGGCAGUUUGUUGAUUUUGAUGAGUUGUAUACAUACCUGCGAGGUAACAAAAAUUUACGAAUCCCACCAAAAUGGCGGGGAGUGAUCCCGAACCGUCUUGGGGAAACUCCAUGA